CAAUAUUCCUUGUUUCUGACUUGAGAGUUUGUUGAUCAAUAAAAAGUAUAUACUGUAAUAGGGAAUAAUGAGCUUCAACAUGGUAAUGGUUCAUUAUCAUAUGUUCAAUUUGGCUGUAUAUGUAAUUGUUUGUAAUAGUAUCAUUAUGAGGAUGGAAUGCAAAGAAGUGCAAAACGACGUGUGCAGCAGGGUAACAAGGUGUGGAGCAACUGAAAUUCGCUUCCCUUUUAAUCUCAGAGACGCUGAUGAGGAGCAGCAUAAGAAAGACCACUGUGUCUUCCCACCUGGAUUUCAACUUACUUGCCACGAUCCAUCUGAGUUUUCUCCUGUAAAUGAUUUUCUUCCGAUGUUGGAGUUUGAAUACCAGGUUAACACCUCUCUUCCCGGGCUCUACCUGUCCUUCUCUGUUAAGGCUGUUGUCAUUUCUAUUGACUACAAAUCACAGCAGCUCCAGUUCAUAUAUUCAUCUGCUUUUGUAUCUUCCUACCGAGUUAUCAGACAACAUUACCACUACUCUCACAGCAACCAGCAUGAUGACAACCUGCCUAAUUAUCCUUUCAAGCCUUUUACAUUGACUCACUCCUCAUUAUAUCCUAUUCAGCAUAAUGGUCCUAUUGAUUUCUAUUAUCACUUUACCAGCUACAUGAAUGACUAUACAUUUUACAACUGUUCAUCAACAAGCGAAAUAGAUAUUGGCAUUUAUGUAAUAGAACCCGUCACUUCUAUGAGAGGACAUGGUUAUCAAGUCUAUGCUGUCUAUUCUUAUGCAGAAAUAUUGGAAGUCCUCAUAACAUCUUGCACCAAGAUGUACAACAUUUCGGAUGUCCCCUUUAUCAUGGGAGGACUGACUUGGUUUGAGCCCAAUUGUAAUGAUUGUGAAGACGAAGGUCAGUAUUGCAAAUUCAAACCAAACAGCACUACUCUCACCCAGUGCUACCCCAAAGGUACUUCACCACUGAAUGUUCCUUUAAUAGGUAAAGUUGGGGGUAUCACUUUCGUGUUGCUCAGUUUUGUAGCACUGUAUUAUGCUACCAAGUCAUAUAAACAGAAGAAAAGAUAUCACUUGAAGAUUGAAACGUUCUUGGAGGACUACAGAGCUCUAAAGCCUUCAAGAUACUCUUAUGCUGACAUUAAAAAGAUGAGCAAUCAAUUCAAAGUCAAAUUAGGGGAGGAAGGUUAUGGAUCAGUGUACAAGGGACAACUUUCAAAUGAUGUUGUUGUUGCAGUUAAGGUUCUCAAUGAUAAGGUGGACGCCAAAGAAAGUGGAGAAGAUUUCAUAAAUGAAGUUAGUACCAUAGGCUUGAUCCACCAUGUUAAUGUGGUCCGUCUGGUUGGAUAUUGCGCUGAUGGCUGUAGAAGAGCUCUUGUUUAUGAGUUCCUGCCAAACAAUUCACUCGAUAAGUUUGUCUACUCGAGAGAAAAGAAGAAUAAAAGAUUCCUAGGAUGGGAAAAGAUGCAAGAUAUUGCUCUAGGCACAGCCAGAGGUAUUGAGUAUCUCCACCAAGGUUGUGCCCAACCAAUCCUCCACUUUGAUAUUAAACCUCACAACAUCUUGUUGGACCAAAAUUUUAAUCCAAAAGUCUCAGACUUCGGUUUAGCAAAGUUGUGCACCAGAGGACAGAGUAUGGUCUCCUUGACUAUGGCUAGGGGGACAAUAGGCUAUAUUGCCCCAGAAGUAUUUUCCAGGAAUUUUGGUAAAGUAUCAGCCAAAUCCGACGUUUAUAGUUUUGGUAUGUUGUUGCUUGAAAUGGUUGGAGUAAGGAAUCAUUCUUCAGUAGGAAGAGAAGGCGCAAGCGAAGUAUAUUUCCCAGAAUGGAUUUACCAUCAACUUGAACAAGAGAGGGAAACAGGAAGCCAGAUUGAGCAAGAAGCAAACAGCACAAUAGCAAAAAAGCUAACUAUAGUUGGACUAUGGUGCAUAAAUUGGCAUCCAGCAGAACGACCUUCUAUGAAACAUGUGAUUCAGAUGCUCCAGGAAGAAAACUGCCCAGCCAUACCUCCUAACCCAUUUUUCUCAGCAAAUUCCAAAAAUGCAUCCACAUUUAGCAACAAAGUUGAAGUUAUUUCAGAAUCAGACUGAAUAUUAUGAGCUGUCUCUAGACUCUAGUGAAUGUUGUUCAAUUAGAACCUCUAAUAUGUGAUAUGUUUAUGGUAUGUUUUAAUGUUUGCAUCAGUAUAAAAAAUUUGUCCUCAGGACUUAAACUAAUGAAUAACUCUAGUUCAUAGUGACCAAAUAUUGAUGGCCUGAGGCC